UUCCCAGCAACCCCCGCGAGGCGCGCGAAGGAGGAGGCAUCGCGAGAGACGCUCAGUCAGCUUUGAAACGGAGGCGGGAGAAAGCGGCGAGAGGCGUUCCGCGGUUUGCCGGAGGACGACGGCAGGAAAGGAGCCAUGAGCGCCCGUAAGAGUCGGAGAAGCCAGCCGCAGACCCCCUUACGGAGGUCUCUGCGCCAGCAAGGCCGGAAGGACCUCCCGUUCAGUUACCAAAGACCCACCACUUCCAUGGAUUUGGAUGUCGCAUCGCCGCGGUUUCUAUUCAAGAAAGUGCUGCAGACUCGGCCAAUCAUUUCCCCCUUUGUUCCUGCAAAACCCAGAUGUUCCCAGCCUGUGGACUCAGUCUUGCAUUUACCUUUGGGGCAUAGUCCCUGCGGUAACUUAAAAACCAGUUCACCUGACUCUCCUAAUAAAGAGAACUUUGAUUCUGCUCCACGCAGACCUGUGUCGAAAAGGAUUAGUCUGUUUGCGAGAGGUGUGGAUAACUCAGUUGCUCAUUCAGCACUGGAAAACACAUCCCUGACAAAGUCUCUUCAGGUAUCUUUUAAAACCCCAGCACCAUUGGAGCCGGCUGAAAAAAAGGGUUUGACCCGUCGGCCAAAAAAUUACAGAAGCCUUAAUGUGACGGAUUUUCAAGGAGGCAUUGAUGAAAACUUGCAGCAUGAUAAAGAAUCACAAAGUGAUCUCUUGGACUCUCUGACAACUCUGGUAAAUGACACUGAGAUGCUUUCAGUUGCCACAAAGCUCUUUUCCCAGCCUCAACUCAGUGGGCAGGAUGGAGAAGAGGCUUCCAUUGUGCCUUCUCAGGCUGAUUUCCAAGAAAGGUCUCCUACUCCUGAGAAUAGUUCCAAAAUGCAUCUGGACACUGCUAAUGAGAUAUCCCAAAGUACCAGAGUUGAGACUCCUUGUGUAAGCAGAAGGAAUACCAAGGAGCUGAAGAAUCCACCUGCAACACAAAUGGUAGAUAAAGCUGAAACGGAUCCUGAGUCUGAGGAGAUGACUGAUACUGAAACAGACUUUGAGAAUAUUGAUCCAACUGGGAAGACACCAGCAUUUGUGUAUGCUAGAGCCUUUGACUGCAUCCCAUUGUUGGCUACCCCACAUGCUUUGAAAGUGGAUGCCUCCAGGCUUUCUCCGAAGCAGCACAAUGUUAAACGGGCUCCAAUGCCAUCUCGGAAAGCACGCAGAACAAAGGAUGGGCCUGAACUCCCCAGCAGCUUGAUAAAAAACUUAUUUAGCCAUUAUGCGCAGGUGCCAGUUUCCAAGGAUGCUUUCAAGGUUGUUGAAAGGAGCGUGAGCGUUUACUUUAAACAUCUGAGUAAUGACCUGAAAGCCUUUGCAAACCAUGCUGGACGCAAGACUGCUGAGCCUGCCGAUAUGGAGCUUCUCAUGAGACGGCAAGGACUGAUCACAGAGAAGACACCUUUAAAUGUACUGAUAGAGCAGCAUAUGCCUCUAGAGUAUAGAGAGCUGUUGCUUCCUAUUGCUACUAGUGGAAAUAAAGUAGUACCUCCAAAACUAAAAUGAAGUAGCAGUGAAAUGCUCUUCUGCAGAAGACAAACUGUUUCCAUUUUGGGAUAAAGAACUCUGGUCCAGAAAUGUUAUGAGUUGAUAUUUGAAGGGAUCUUAGAAAUGCUAUCUUGCUUACAAAUUGCAUUAUAUUAAGGUAAAUCUGCAGUUAUUGCGGUGUUUUAUUGAGUAUUUCUAUCUCAAUAACUAGAAGGGUUUUUAUGCUGUUUUAUACAUACAUUAUUGGUUUUGUGUAAAUUAACAGUGUUAUAUGUAUUAUACUGUAUUUUGUCAUUUUUGCACUACUACGUGCUUGUAAGCCGUCCCUUGUCCUUUUUGGAAGAUGGUGGCGGGAUUUAUUGUUAGUUUCUGGGUUUUUUAAAGUGAAACAUAUAGUGGUAUAUUUCUCUGCUUCUGCAGUCUUAAAGCAGACAAAAAACGAGUCUCUUAAAUGUGUAAUGUCUAUCUUUAUGAAUAAAAAUUUGCACCAUUAAAA